AUGCUCUUCCUCAAGGACGACCAACUCGAGUACCUCGAGGAGCGCCGCCUCAAGGACCUCGUCAAGAAGCACUCGGAGUUCAUCAGCUACCCCAUCUACCUCUGGACCGAGAAGACCACCGAGAAGGAGAUCAGCGACGACGAGGAUGAGGAGGAUAGCAAAGAGAAGAAGGAGGGCGACGUCGAGGAGGUGGACAACGACGACGACGACAAGGACAGCAAGAAAAAGAAGAAGAAGGUGAAGGAGGUGACGCACGAGUGGGUGCAGAUCAACAAGCAGAAGCCCAUCUGGCUGCGCAAGCCCGAGGAGAUCACGCGCGAGGAGUACGCCUCCUUCUACAAGUCGCUGACCAACGACUGGGAGGACCACCUCGCCGUGAAGCACUUCGCCGUGGAGGGGCAGCUGGAGUUCAAGGCCAUCCUGUUCGUGCCCCGCCGCGCGCCCUUCGACCUGUUCGACACCCGCAAGAAGCUCAACAACAUCAAGCUCUACGUCCGCCGCGUCUUCAUCAUGGACAACUGCGAGGAGCUCAUCCCGGAGUGGCUCGGCUUCGUCAAGGGCGUCGUCGACUCCGACGACCUGCCGCUCAACAUCUCCCGCGAGACGCUGCAGCAGAACAAGAUCCUCAAGGUCAUCCGCAAGAACCUGGUGAAGAAGUGCAUCGAGAUGUUCUUCGAGAUCGCGGAGAACAAGGAGGACUACGCCAAGUUCUACGACGCCUUCUCCAAGAACAUCAAGCUGGGCAUCCACGAGGACUCGCAGAACCGCGCCAAGCUCGCCGACCUCCUGCGCUACCACUCCACCAAGAGCGGCGACGAGAUGACGAGCCUCAAGGACUACGUCACGCGCAUGAAGGAAGGGCAGAAGGACAUCUACUACAUCACCGGCGAGAGCAAGAAGGCCGUGGAGAACUCGCCGUUCCUGGAGCGGCUCAAGAAGAAGGGCUACGAGGUGCUCUUCAUGGUGGACGCCAUCGACGAGUACGCCGUGGGCCAGCUCAAGGAGUACGACGGCAAGAAGCUGGUGUCGGCAACCAAGGAGGGCCUCAAGCUGGACGAGGACGACGAGGAGGCCAAGAAGCGCCGGGAGGAGCGCAAGAAGCAGUUCGAGGAUCUCUGCAAGGUGAUCAAGGACAUCCUGGGUGACCGCGUUGAGAAGGUGGUGGUGUCGGACCGCAUCGUCGACUCACCGUGCUGCCUUGUCACCGGCGAGUACGGGUGGACGGCCAACAUGGAGCGGAUCAUGAAGGCGCAGGCGCUGCGGGACACCAGCAUGGGCGCCUACAUGUCCUCCAAGAAGACCAUGGAGAUCAACCCGGACAACGGCAUCAUGGAGGAGCUCCGGAAGCGCGCCGAGGCCGACCGGAACGACAAGUCCGUCAAGGACCUCGUGCUGCUGCUCUUCGAGACCGCGCUGCUCACCUCGGGGUUCAGCCUCGACGACCCCAACACGUUUGCCGCGAGGAUCCACAGGAUGCUCAAGCUCGGCCUCAACAUCGACGAAGAUGCUGCCGCCGACGAGGACGCCGACAUUCCAGCGCUUGAGGAGGGCGCCGCCGAGGAGAGCAAGAUGGAGGAGGUCGACUGA